AUGCCGCAUCUACUCGGAGUCGAAUGGGCGCCACUGAACAUUCCGUUGGAACGACGUCUUCAAACGGUCGGAGCUCUCCACUUCUUCUUCAUCACCCUCUUCACGCCGGUGCUCGUGCUCACUCUUCCCUUCUACAUUCUUACCACAAUCUGUUGGCCGCUGAUCUGUCUCUACGCGCUGUGGAUGUUCUACGACUGGAACUCUCCGAAGACUGGCGCCUACCGAAGUGAAUGGUUCCAGAGACAGCGCAUCCACUCGUGGUACGCCUCCUACUUUCCAGUCAAACUGCACACGACCGCCGAGCUGCCUUCGGAGCAAAACUAUCUUAUCGGUUAUCACCCGCACGGAAUCAUAUCGAUGGCCGCAUUCAUCAACUUUGCCACGAAUGGGACUGGAGUUCUCGACGUCCUUCCACGCAUUCGCUUCCAUCUGUGCACGCUCGUCGGUCAGUUCUGGACGCCGUGGAGACGUGAAUGGGGACUGCUCCACGGAAUGAUUGACUGCAGUCGCGAGAGCAUCAAGAACGUGCUGGAGCACGAGGAGAAGGGAAAAGCCGUCGUUCUCGUGGUCGGAGGGGCCGAGGAAGCGCUCGACGCACACCCCGGAUACCACAUUUUGACGCUCAAGAAGAGGAAAGGAUUCGUGAAGAUUGCUCUGCAGACGGGCGCCCAUCUUGUUCCGUGCUAUUCGUUCGGUGAAAAUGACAUUUUCAACCAGGCCGACAACCCGAAAGGUUCGACUAUUCGGCAGUUUCAAACGAUCAUGAAGACGAUCCUUGGCUUCUCGCCGCCCGCGUUCUACGGAAGAGGCGUUUUCAACUACACAUUCGGUCUCCUGCCAUUCAGGUAAUCAUAGUUUUUCGAUUUCAUUCAAAAUUUCUUGUUUUCAGGAAGCCUAUCAACACGGUGCUCGGAGCUCCGAUUCCAGUGACCAAGUCAGCCAGUCCGACUCAGGAAGAGAUCGACACUCUCCACGAAACGUACAUAAACCGGCUCCGUGAGCUGUUCGAAGAGCACAAGACGAAAUACGGUAUUCCGGAAAGCGCCCAACUUGCCAUCAACUAA